AUGGCUUUCGAUCGCCGACCUAUUGUUAUAUCUGGCCCAUCAGGUGUUGGGAAAGGAACACUGCUCGGAAGGCUCCUGGAGCGUUAUCACGACACUCUGGCCUCCACCGUCUCGCAUACAACACGCCAACCAAGACCUGGCGAAGUGAAUCACGAUGCAUAUCAUUUCGUCAGCAUACGAGAGUUCGAGAUCCUCAUUAAAAAUAAUGCCUUUGUGGAAUACACGUUUUUCUCCGGCAACUACUACGGAACUAGCCGACAGACGAUCAAGGACCAACAGGCCAAGGGCAAAAUACCCGUCCUGGAAAUCGAGAUGAGCGGAAUUACACAAAUCAAGAUGAACAAAGCUAUGGACAUGAGAUUUGCUUUCAUUUCCCCUCCGAGUCUUCAAGUUCUCGAGGAAAGGCUGCACAAUCGCGGCACGGAAUCGGCUAGGAGCAUCGAGCGGAGGUUGGAAUUGGCCAAAGUUGAGAUGGAGCGUGCCAAGGUCCCGGGUUUUCAUGAUAUCAUUAUCGUGAAUAGAAAUCUUCAUGAGGCCUACAAAGAACUUGAGGAAUGGGUUUCUGGAGGUGUAGGCUCGGCGUUCGCUACUUGCUAA